AUGUCCCCGUCACAAUCAGUGCCUGCUCUUAUCAGGUCUGUGGAUACUGGACAUGGGGUCUGCGAGCAUCAAAUCAACACUGGACCCAGAUCGAGGGGAAAUCGGCAUAGUGAAGGGUCGCAGUCGUCGGUUCGAAAGUUGACAAGGAGAUCCAACUCCUUUCCCAUCAAUGAUCCACCGCGAUCCCCGUGGUCCUCGGACCUUGAUUCUGAUACGCCCUACCUUCAUAAUCUUCAACAGCGACAUAGUGUCCAUCGACAACGCAGCUCGGCGGAUAAUGACCACGAGCCAUUCGAGUUCGGACAUUUCUAUCCCAUCAUAGCCAAGCGCCCCUGCCGAGCGAGUCGGGAAAGCGUCUCACAUACCGCCUGUUGUGUCCCUGAAGAGGCUAGGCAUGUGAGGUGGAGCAGUGGGAGAAUGUCUCUACCUCCGCUGGAGUCAUGGGCCACUAGAAACGGUCCGUUCGCGGUGACGCCUACUGUGCGCAAGUGUAGCACGAUUGACACGAUACGAGCAACACCUGCCGAGCCCGUUACAACACAUACACAUGCACGUUCGGUAGCCGUGUCUCAAAGACUCCCCGAUCGGUUGCCUGCUAGCGACGAGGGUUCUCACCAUGUGACAUUCCAAAUGUUCCGGUCUGGCACGAGUGUCUACGAGGUGAUGUGGAAGGAGAAUGUCUCUGAGGGCACCGACGGUUCAGGUCACUGGAGCCCUGGGAUCUCCCGCGGAACGCGUUCUCCAACAAAGUCCGGUCCACCACGUAUAGGCAAGGCCUCUACUAACCAGCGAAACUCACUCAGCUUGGUCGAUAGUAAACUGGCAGAAUGGUCUUGGAGUGGUGACGCUUCUGGUUCUCUCCGAUUACGGGAUCACUCCAGCGAAGGAUAUCCUGGAGGCGGAAGGCGAUAUCAAGGCUCCGGUAGUGUCUCAUACGACGUCACACCUAUCCUGACUGUGCCACCGAAUAGCGAGCGCCACAGUCAACGAUCAUCAAAGCGAGCAACAUCUACAGAGUCGCCCCAAACGUCCGAGUCCUCAGUCACAGACCAUAAACUGAAAGGGUAUCGGCACGGAUCCACAGUUCCUGCAUCGGACCUCCGCUCUACCUUAUCCACCAAUACCGGCCGCCCUCCCUAUGAGCAGCAUUUCACCGGCCACAAGGACAGCAUAUCGCUGCUACGAGCACAAGCACGCAGGUCUUCAACCCAACUAUCCUACCCUUCUAUUAGCUCCACCCUCAUCAACGACCCCAACUCGCCACGUUCUGGUUCCAAGCUAGUCGGAUCGAGACCACCCACACAGGGACUACGACGAAGCAGUGCUGACCAGUCCCUCCGUCAGCUACUCAGGGGCCUAAGACGUGCAGGUUCGAAAUCAGAGCCACCCAUGCUCGCACCCAUCUUGGGCGCAAAGCCGGCUCCUAUCACGAUAUCUUCGGUUCCGAGAAGUACCGGUGUGAGUAAUCGGCCUGUGGGUUCAGACGGCAGCCCUCGAAAAGGGGUACAUUUUAGAGAGAGUGUUCUGUAAUCAGAGGCGUUG